ACUCCGGUUGGGAAAUUAGGCUUAAACUUAGUGCCAUCUGCUGCCCAGUUGAGAUCCUUACGAAAAGGAUCAAAUGACCAACUUGCCAUUACCAUUGAUUCGCAAUCUGAACGAUUGCUUAAUAAUAAAUCCAGAACUUUUGAAGAUAAAGGUCGCAUAUUCAAGCCACUUGAACACAAACCUGCUGAUGGUGGUUCUAAUCUUCCAUCAGCACAAAAAGACAUUGUAGCUGCUAGGAAGAGGGUUACUAAAUGUUUUGCUUACACCAGAUGA